CUCAGUGCCUCGCUUGGUUUCCACACUGCCAUCUUGCCGCCAACUCCGAGGUUUCCGAUGCUGCCAAGGUUGAAUUCGGCUCAACAACCCCGAACCCAAAUUGCUUGGCCUUUUCUCCGCCCACGAGCCGCCGACUCGGAUUUCCAUCGGUAUUCAACACCCGGCUCCCAGCUUGUCGAGUAGGGAACCGUUGUCCGCCGCGGAUAACAAACCUGGAAGCCAACCGCAUUCAAUUGAUCUGUCAACGGCGUAAUUCCCACACAAGAUCCCCGCCCGGGCUGCCCCCCGCUCCACUUCUGCGGCCGGGGCACAGAACGCGACCUUGACGACAAAGGCAAUCCUGCCGCCUUUCAGGCCUUCGGGCUCACCCCCGCAGCCCUCAGCGGCAUUCCCGGUCUCCCCGAACCCCGCAAAUGUCGGAUGCGCACCAGAGUCCAAACCUCGAGGAGCUCACCCCGGAGGAGGCAAACCGCAUCAUCCAUUCCCACCGCAAGGUGCGAUACGGCACCGCCUGCUGGCCAUGCAGACAGAGGAAAGUCAAGUGUGACAACAAGAGCCCGUGCGAGAACUGCGUCAAGAGGGAGCAUGCCCAGCUCUGCUCGUACAAGCCGAAUCGAUCGGCCACCGCAAAGAGUGCGUCCACUGCCCCGGACAGUACGCCAGCAAAGAAGAGGGCGCGGUCGCCCGACGAGCAGGAUGCCCGAAGCCAGAGCAACGACGCUCGCGAGGCUAUAAGCGCAUACGAGCCCGAUGUCACCGAGACCACACGAUAUGUUGGCCAAAACAGCAUACCAGCCCUGCUCAGAGAACAAACAUCCUCCGCCAACGAGCAGCAGGAGGUCAACGGGAUCCGCCAAGACAUGCGCUCCCUCCUCGGGCUGGACAACUCGGCGCCCUUCCCCCUUAUGUCCUCUCGCCACCUGGACAGACUGACCGCGGAUAUUGCCUCCGAACUGCCCUCGGACCGCGAGGUUAUGAAACUGUUUCGAACGUACAAGGAAAUCCCGCAACCGUUCUGGGGCUUCGUCAUCGACAUUGACGACCUCGAGGCAAGGCUUAUGGUCUACCUCGAAGACCGCGCAAAGAAUGCAAGGGCCUCGACCAAAACGACGAAACGGGUUUCAGCAUCUUGGCUGGCCAUUCUCUUCGCAGUUCUCGCUGUCGGAUCUCAAUAUCAUGAUUCACCGUAUCAUGUUCGAACCAGGGACUCGCAAAAGUACAUCCAAAUUUCCUUUCACUUCCUGAGGCUCGGGAACUUCUUACUGAGGCCGAACCUGGAUUCUAUCCAAGCUUUGCUCAUGACCAGCUUUGUGCUGCUGAACGACAUGAAGGCCGAGGCCUCGUGGGCAUUGCUCGGGCUCACUUGCCGGCUGGCACAGUCGCUUGGCUUACACCGAACGCAGCCACUCGACGGCCGGCAUACCCCUGAUGCAGUCAGGAAGGAAAUGUCAAGGAGAAAACUAUGGUGGACCUGCCGCUGGCAUGAUACCUUAACUUCACUCUCUUUUGAUCGACCCCCAAUGACGAAUAUGCCUUGCUGUCCGAUUCCUCUAUCUCCGACCGCAGAUACCGAGGGGUGGGCAUACCUUGAGGCCAUGUAUCAUCUCUGCCAAUUCAUCUCCGAGAGGCUAAACCCCGACGCCGCUGCAAAUGCAGACUACCGGCAGAUACUUGAUAACUGCCGGGUAGUCGAGACUAUCCGUGACAAGCUUCUACUGCAACUACGCAGCAAAGAGGCGUGCAAAUCUGCGUUAGACCGGCUGCAGCAUUUCGCAAUCCGACUUCACACAUCCUUCAUCAUAUCGGUGUGCUGCCGGCCCGCCCUACUGCAACGUGACAGUAACCGGCUCGAUGCUCCCCAGAGGAAAUUUCUCGCGGGCAGGUGCAAGCUAAACUUGGCCGAGACUGUGCGCAUGUUCCUCGCUAUGCACCAGCUCUCCGUCAUUCCCACAAGGUCUUGGGCAUUCACCUACCACGGCCUAUCGUCGGCCGUCCUGUUAGGCAUCCUGGGAGAGACGAAAACCGACCCUGAGGUCCGUCAACUGCAGGGAGACCUCAUAUCGGCGCUAUCGGCAACAGCAGCGAAGGAGCAGACGUCUCCCCAACCCCACAUACGCAGGUCGGAGCACGACAUUGAGCUCUCAGGCCCCUUGUCACGAGCUCUGACGGCGUUAAAAAACAUCUAUGACCACGGGUCCGUGAUUGCUCCAUCGCUCAAGAGAGAAGGAAGCAUCUCUGUAAGCGGCUCGGGCACUCGCACCCCCUCACAGUCCAUGCUGCCCGCCCAUCUCAUCGGCAGUGCCAUGCCCGGGCAGGACGCACAACUAGCACGGGGUGUCCAGGCAGACCUAGAUCCGCACCAGAACGCGGCAUUGGCGAUGGCAGAGCUGCAACAACAAAACGGCGGCUCCGUGGCCGACUUUUCGGCUGGCAGGGUCCCGUUUUCUCAGAUGCCUCAGCAGCAGAUGCCCGACAUAUCCAGUUUUGAUCCCAGCACGUACAUGUCGCCGAUGGAUCUGUACGAUUCCAUCUUCUGGGAAUCGCCUGACCCGUUUAAUACCGGGAUGGACUCGAUGAACUUUGACUUCCUCGCCCAUCCUCCGCCUGGCCAGCCACCACAGCAGCAAUUCUACUUUUAGGGAGUGUCGCGUCUAUAAUGUAGCGUCAUUUUCUCCAUUGUCGGUAG